AUGCCGGAGCGGAUGGUGAACGCAGAAGCCUCCCCCGCCCCACGCCGGAGAGCAAAGUUACCUGCGGCGUGCAUUGGAGCAGGAUUUCGUAGUAACUUUGCAAACCCUUUUCACGAGGGUGGAGCAAGGGAGGACCAAGCCUACCGCUCCUACGAGGGGCAGCUGGAGCGGCAGAGAUUCCCCCACCUCCCCGCUUCCUACAAGCCCAUCGUUUUGCACGGUUUGUUCGUCCGCCGAGCUGGGAUGUGCGUAGCAGGGCGCCCUGGGAGAGAAGAGAAAAGGUAGGUAUUUAAAAUAUACAUAUAUGCAUUGCAUUGAGCGGGGAGGGGAGGGUUAUCCCUGUAUGCAAGACAGGGUUCUGCAGCCAAGUCUCCUCUUGCACCGUGUCUACAUUUUGUAAACAAGCAGAAGGAGGGGGAAAUCUAUGAAUACAAGAGCUAUCUGUAAGGAACUCCUCUGUUUCUCUCUCUAUUUCUCCCCACCCCCAGCUCCGGUUUCUGUGAUUGUUUGGCCGCUGCAAGUGUUGCCUCUUCCUCUCUCGCCCCUCCUCCUAAUCUCAGAACCUUCCAGGGCUCAGGUCUGAGCCAGCGUUAAACCAUAACACUGCCUGGAUAUGCCAAUGCACACCCUGGCUUAUGUAGGAAGGCUAGAAAAAACAAACAAAGGAAAAAAGCAAGACGGGAGUCUGAGCAUAGCCAGAGUGCCGCUGCCUUCUCCCUGCCAAUCAGAGAAGCAGCAACAGCUGGCCCAGGUCACACCUGAGAUUAGGAGACUCAAUUUACAGCGGGGGGGAGGGGCAGAAGCAAACGUGAGUGGGUCAAUAAAUGUGUCUCUUACCUUUGCACUGUAGUUAAACACAUGCAAAAGUUACAGGUUCUACUCUCUCUCUCCUUCAUUUCCCCAUCCAGCUAAGAUUAAUUUAAUUACAGCCCAAGGACUCAUUCUAGCCAGACAAAAGCACUUGAGAACCCAAAGCAAAAGCUAGUCAGGGUUGUGGCUGAGGGGACACAGCCCAGGAAGAGAGGCCUGGAUGGCUGCAUUUGGCUCCUGAGCCCGGCUUCCCCAUUUGUUGACUUGUUGGUUAGACAUCAUGCCUUCCAGGCUGAGCUGAGAGUCCAGUCCAGCCAGGUAUGCUCCAAACUUGAUGUGGAAAAUCUAAAUGGCCACAGUAGGAGUAAUUCUGCAAGCCUCAUUGAAAUAAAUGGGAGCUGUGCAUGUGCAAGAUAUUCAGCUCAUGGUCAUUUCAGUGCGAUUUGUGAAGGGACUUUUCCUGGUGGAUUCUGCCCACGCAAUAGUCACCUCUCUCUUGUCUCUCACUAAUUAAUGGCACUCCAAGUCUGCUACCCCUACUUGCCUCAUGGUAAGCCCUGCUGUCAACACCUCUCAUUUCCAGAAUCCCGUCACCUUGAUUUAUUUAAGAAGAAAACACAUCUCAUGUUACAUACUUUCUCUAAACGAUAGGUGCUUCAGUGGAGGGUAUUAUGAUGUGUAUCCCAAAUGUAAGUUGUCAGGUGUUGACUGCUUCACAUGUGGUUUCCCUCCUGCCCCCAUGUAUAAAUGCACUGGGAAGCUGCUUUUGAAUAAUCUCCUGCAUUUUAGGAAGUUUAUGAAAGGUUCUUAAUUGUGAAAUUAACCAUAUGCUAUUCACCAACAGUCUCUCUCUCUUAUUUUAAAUACUUUUUAAAAAACCUGCAUUCAUUCCAAUUAUAGGUAGACUUGUCACAACCAGUUCUCAUUAGAGACAAGUAAGAAUGAAGACAGAAUCUGUUAAACAAAAACUUGCAUUGAGCAAGUUUAUUAUUAUAAUUUGGAUCUUUUACAACACACUUUGCAAAUUUAUUGCAAACACUGAAUUAAAACGCUACUUUUAUGCUUUUACAUAUGCAGAAAAAUGGGAUUAAAGUAUUUUAAAACUAGCUAUGUAAAGAUAAAGGGACCCCUGACCGUUAGGUCCAGUCGCGGGUGACUCUGGGGUUGCGGCGCUCGUCUCGCUUUACUGGCCGAGGGAGCCGGCGUACAGCUUCUGGGUCAUGUGGCCAGCAUGACUAAGCAGCUUCUGGCGAACGAGAGCAGCGCAUGGAAACGCCGGAGCGGUACCUAUUUAUCCACUUGCACUUCGUGCUUUCGAACUGCUAGGUUGGCAGGAAUAGGGACCGCGCAAUGGGAGCUCACCCUGUCGCGGGGAUUCGAACCGCCAACCUUCUGAUCAGCAAGCCCUAUGCUCUGUGGUUUAACCCACAGCGCCACCCACGUCCCUUCAAAAUAAGCUAUAGUGGUUGUUAAAUAUAGUAAGCUGUUACCUAUAUUUUAUGGUGUUUUUAUACGUAUAUAACACACUUGGGUAAUUGUGUAAUUUCAGUGAUUGACUGUGUUGGCCGAAGACAGUUACGAGAAAAUAAAAUUAACUGUUGGGUGGGAGAGUUCCUAUAAGGAAGUGGAAGCUUUGGCAGAAAGUUACUGUUUGAAUCGUUAAUGCUGAUUUGUGUGCAUUUCAGUAUUCCAUUUGCAAAGUAUAACACCUUGCAAAUACAGUGUAUUAAAAUAUGACCAGAUAUUAUCUGUUUCCAUAGCUGUAUAAAGAAUAAAGCUUCCUUUCUUUUAUGAAUUGGAAAUGACAACUAAGCACAAUAGUUAGCAUGGCCAGUCCCUGUCUUGCUGCUGUGCCACAACAGCUCUGCAUAUAUCCAUUUCAUACACCAGAUGUUUUAACGAUCAUCCCCCCCCAUCCCCCUGUUCAAUAUUGGCGGAAUAUUUUCACAGCCACACCGAACGUAUUCCCAUAAACUUCAACAAAUGUCGUGUGGAAUCAGCCUCUGCUUUGGCAGUGAUGGCUCUCUUUGUGCAACUUAACUUUCAGUGCAAGUUUUCUCCAUGUUUAUGUAUGGUUGGUGACCAUUACCUGCAAAUUCAAAAAGUCCUGAGCUUCUCCACUGCCUGCCUUAAAGGAUGUAGCAGCCUAGUCAAGAGGGCAGGAUCCUCCUAUCUCUAAAAUGCAGUUAUCUAUGCAUUCCAAAACAGUGCCUGUCAUCUUCUUAUUGAAGAGAUGAGUUGCAAUUUGCUUCAGGCACUUUAGAAGAGGGCUGGGCUUAGUCCUCUAUCUUGUAAGCUUUGUGUUGAGUAUUAAAGUAACACAAAGUACAAAGCUUGAUGAAUAUUCAGGUAGAUGUAGAACACCUAAAUCUAUAAAAAAGAAUAGCAUAUUCUUGAAGCACUCAGCUCGAAACAGUACAUAAAGAGUGAUAGAAAAACAGUGUCCUAGCUAAUGUGAUUAUAUGCUUGUACAAGAUAUACCAUUUGUAGAUUUAUUACUUAGGUGCACAGAAGUCAUGCCAUAAUUCAGUACUAGGGAGGGACUGAACACUCUAGUUACUUUCAUAUGCGGUGAAACAUAUAGUAGGGGUGGAUUGCAAAAAAGAAGAGGAGAAUGUGUGGCACUAACUUACAUUUCAGGCCUCUGUUUUUGUACCAAAAACAUCCAUAUUAGAUUACUAGUAUUGUGUCUCUUGUAUUAUUGGCAUCCCCUUGAGGCAAAAUUUAAACCUAGGAUGAGUUGCGACUUGAAAAGGAACGCAAAUCUUGGUGCUAGAAUCUGUUUCUUAGUUGUUACCUGUUUAAUUCUUUUAAAUGUUUCUUACUCUCUUUUAAUGCUUGAGUUAAUGGUGAUCCAUCAAAAUAUCUGUUCAAUGCAUCUGUUGUUUUUAGUUUCAAAAAAAUUGUGGCAGUCAAAAGGAAGUAGCAAACUGCUAUUUUGCACAGCAUAAUACCAGUAAUUAAUAAUUUCUCAUGCCUCCCUCACCUGAUGAGAACAGGAAUCAUGCCACCUUAGAAUUAAUACAUUCUGUGUAUAUGUAUAAUCAGUUGAAUUUUACCAAACAUCUGUAGGCUGAUUUGCAUACAUCUCUAGAUGUGUUCCUAUGGAGUGCCAAACUUGUGUCAAAUCCCCCACCCUCACUCUGCGUUGAGACCUACACCAGUUUGUCCCAUGCAGACAGCAGAAGAGCAUAAUUAAAUUCUUGAGUUUUGGGCAUGUAUUAUAGUUUCUGCAUAGUUAUUUCUAUCCCAAGUCCAUCAAUAGCAAGACACAUUGGAAGGUUUGAUGUGCCCAGAGACAUCCGUAUGCAAAAGGAUACUUAUGCACACAGGCUCCAUGAUUGGUAGUCUUAGAUAUGUCUUAGGCCAAUAUUUUUUUUUAAAUGCCUGUGAAAAAUCACUUAGAAAGUCAGCAUUUGUUUCUUUUCAAAAUAGCUGACUGUAAUCUAAUUAUUCUUCCUUUAGUUGAUAGAAUCCCACACUCCGUUGCCCAUUUCUUCAUUUGUGCUAAUAGGACAUUGAAAAUAAAGCAUUCUUCUCUUUCAAAGUUGUCACAUUGUCAUUCUGCUUCGUUGUAAAGGGGGGACUCUUUGUAUGUGUUGUUGAUGAUAAUAAGCAACUGGUGGUGUAAAGGGAUCUAGUUUUAAAACAAGAUGAAAUAAACUGAAGGAUGCAAGAUAUUUUUACACUCAACAUUUCUGCAGAUUUCAUUGUUAUUUGCAUAGACUAGGUAUGCAGGGAUUUAAUUUAAUGUAUGGGGAGGAAUAUGCUAUUCUCUGAAGUAGGUAGGUUGGUUGGUAAUAAUGUAAUGCUCAUGACAAGCAAUGCCCGUGUUUGUUUCCUAAAUUCUGUUUGUCCCUGAGUUAUCAUGCUUCCUGCAAUAAAAUAUAUCAUAUAGAUGCUUGAUCCUCAAUCCUCAAAAUUAAAGCUCAGAAUGCCAUCUGACCUUAGGUAUGUAAGAUACAAAACAAAGGUUUUACUGUAUUAAAGUGUUACAGGCCUGGUGAAGAGAGUUGAUACUGUUCUCUUCCCCACUUUACAGUCAAUGUUAGAAACUGAGUUAUGAAAGCUAGGAGAUAAUUGUCACCUUAAACCUAGGUUAUGGGCACAACAACAGAAUGUCUAGGCGCACUUUUGUAUAAUGAAUACAAAGCUGAAAAUGAAUGAACUGCAGCUAAAAUAUUAUGUUUACUUUUCACAUGGUCUAGUCCUUCUCGUGCCCACCCCCCUAAUAUUCUUAAGAGGGUGUCUUCUCCAGUCUUCAGAGCGUAGCUGGAAGUGAGGAGGCAGAAAAAGGUCCUCCUUUCCUUCCACUCUGCAGUUUUAAUCUGAAAUCUUAGGUGUAGUACUGCGCCCAGAGCUCAGAAACUGCUCGCCCUAAUGAAGUUCCCUGUUGCAAAAUGCGCCGAGAGUGAUGGGAGUUUCGAACACUGUUUGCAGUGCUUUUUCUGUAUUUUAAACUUUAUAGAACAAUUUUUUUUGUAUGCUUCCAUUAGAGGAUUCUGAAAACAAGCAUAGAUUUGUAGUUACUGUCAGUUCAGUGUGUUUUGUUGUACUGUACAGUACUUUGAUAACUUUCUAGAAUGAAGUUUUGUGUGUCGUCAUUUAGUGACUGAAUAACAAGGUAGUUCUGUCACAGGGAAGCUUGAACUCUUGUAGUUUGUUGAUUUCCUUUCUGCUAAAAUUGUCAGUGGCAAAAAUGCAUUAUAAGUAAUGACAACGUUAUUAUUUACGUAUAUUGCAGGGCUUCCUUUAAUACCUGGCAUCUAGAGGAUUUUAAGAAUGAUGAAUAGUGUGUGUGCAGAGCGAAACUACUGUUAAGACAGGUUAAGCUUCAGUGAAUUUGUUUGAAGGGCACAGUAGGAAUUAACUGUGUUAGCUGUGUUACACAAGGCUUGUAGCGGACGUAAUUCUUCAAAAACUUUUCUGUCAGCAAGACCAAUAAUCGUUCAUGCAUUUGAACUGUUUCCGGAAAUAACUACACAACCUCCCUCCUGCUCUCUUUAAACUGACCUUUAUGAGUGUACAGAAUACUUUCUGUGAAAGUAUUCUAAUAAUUGUGAUCACGAAAAAGUUCUAGGAUUGGGGGACUAAACUAUGUUUGUUUUAAGGGAAGAGUAAAAUUUACUCACCAUCAAAAAGACACAGAAAUUUUAAAUUAAGGAAUUCACCUACUCUUGCAGUGUGUAAAUAGUAAACAUAUUUCCUCUUUCAUGUAAAAUAAUGUGCUUUUACAUUCUAAAUCUUUGCUUCUGGCAACUGUCCUCUUCUGAAACCUACUUUGAGUUGUAGGGCACAAUUUUGUGAAUGUUCCAAUGAAAGUGAAACAAGUAUUAUUGGAGCAUAAUACUGCUGUCUUCUGCUUGUAAAUUUUAACCAUUUAAGCCUGUUGCAGAACCCUACCCUAUGUAUGCUGACUCAAAAAUGAGGGACUUCCCCUCCUCUUUGGUCUUGCUAAUUCUGAGGUCUUCUCAUACUGAUACAGUCGCUGACGACUCUGGGAUUGCGGCGCUCAUCUCACUUUAUUCCGAGUCAUGUGGCCAGCAUGACUAAGCCGCUUCUGGCGAGCCAGAGCAGCUCACGGAAACACCGUUUACCUUCCCGCUGGAGAGGUACCUAUUUAUCUACUUGUUCUUCGACGUGCUUUCAAACUGCUAGGUUGGCAGGAGCAGGGACUGAGCAAUGGUCUGAUACAGAAACAAGUGCCCUAAUGCCUGUCUGUCCCCAGUUUUGCAUAUUCCCUACAACUUUGUGUCCCCUUUCCUAGCUUAUCCUUACAUGUUUAUGCCAUUCUUUCUCAACUUGAAUGAAAGCAGUUUGCCCAGUGCCCAUGCUUCUGAUUUGUGGGUUCUCUCUACAUAAGAGCAUUCUUAAUUUGUGAUAAAGUAAGACCAGGUUUAUAAUUCCUCUGGCUUUUGCAAACAAAAAAACCCCCCUACUUCCAGAAGCCUGAUACAAAUAGUGUGUGUGUGUGGGGAGAGGGGAGGCAGAGGAACAAAGAACAAAAUGCCAACAGUGCCUUGGAAUGAAGGACAUUAUCUGUGAAGGAUCUUGUAAAACCAGAUCUUUUCACCAUGAUACUAAAUCUUCAUUCCUGAGCCCUUUUGCUGCCUUCUUCUGACACAGGGCGUAAGUGGAUGUUAAUAGUAUUCUUGUGACCCUUUAUGACCUCUUUGAAUCUGCCCCCAAGCGCUAGCUGUCUUUUGGUGGAGAGCAAAGUGGGAGAGGUUUAAAGCUACAGCUACUGAGAUGUUGCUGAAUUAGUGAUUACUGUUGGCACAGUUCAAAUAGGCACGAAACAAUGUUGUUUACAGAAGAGGAAGAAAUGUUCCUGCCCUGGGAAAAAAACACCUUGUGGGGUGAAGGGGAUAAGAAUGAGAAAUGAGAAGCUAAGAUGAGACUGAGUGGAUGCGAGUCUAAAUUUCUGUCCGAGAUUAAGAUUUAAGGGGGGGGUUGGAAAUAUGUGUUUUCAAUGGGUAAUUGUAAGCCUUAUAGUGCACAUGUCUACUUAGAAGUUAUUCCCAUCGAGCACAGUGGGAUAGGAUUGCAAUCUUAAUGUCUCACCACCAUCAGAGUUGAGGCAGUCACUCAGGGAAAAGGGAAUACACUCCCCAAAGAGGUCCACAUGGUGCCUUCAUUGCUGUGUGUUAAGGGUCAGGGUUAGGAACUUUUAGGUGCUAAUCAUUACUGAACAAUCUCUUGAUUUUUAUCUAAUGAAAACUUGCAUAAGGGAAACAGCUUUUCCUGGUUUGAUGUGUCACUGUGUGGUGUUUAUUUUAUUUUAUAUAUUCUUGUUUUAUCAAUAUUUGUUGUGUGCUACUUAAGAAAAUUUUGCUUAUAAUUGAAAAGUCCAAUAUAAAUUUAAAACCAGCUAUAUAAAAUAAAGUAGUGUAUAAUAAGCGAUAAGGCCAUGAGGUGUGUGUUUUCAGAUCACCCUUUGCAUGAGUAGUCAAAGCAUGCCCAGCUGCAUUUUAGGCUUUUUGGUUGUAGUGGACUUAUGGCCUUCCAUUAGUUGUUGUUGUUGUUUACAUUUGUAUAUCACCCUAUCUCCACAGAUCUCAGGGUAGUUCACAACAUAAAAUCACAAAAUAAAAACAUGAAGUACAUAAUGAAAAUAAAAACAAGAACAACCCAAUAAUCCCCCAAGUUUACAACAUGACUGAAGUCAGAGAGUUGUAUCUUUCAGCCCUGAUUAUGCUUUUUCCUUGGCGUGAAAAAGCGUUGAUAGAAGUUAUUAGUAUUAAUUAUAUGAUCCCAACAAAGAUAUUGUUUAUAUUCUUUGCAGUCUGUUUUGCAUACAGCACAUAGUUAAUGUAGAAAAACAUGUGCAAGGGAAAGAGGAAGUACAGUGGGCAACCAAAGUUUAUAACAAUAAAUGCUAGUCAUUUAUGCCAAAAGCUUCAUAGAGAUUUAUUUGUUUUGAAGCAGUUUUGUUUGUCGACUGCAGUAGUAUGGAAGGGAGCCCUUAACCUGUCAAUUAAGCAAGCUUGCAAAUAUAUUUACCUUGCUUUAGUUUAAAGGGACAUGCAGCCCAUGGGUUGACCGGUAUAAUAAAUUAUGAAGUUGUUAAGAGCAAUCUUGCAAUGAGUUCAGCAUGCAAAGGGCAUGGACAUUCUAGCCAAAGUCAUGCAGGCUCCAUUGGUUUCAGUGGGAAAGACUUGAGUACACUCAUAACUCUCACUCAAAUCAGUGGGCUGCAAAGUGCUGAAAUUUGGCUGGCUAAACAAACCUUGUGAUGCAAUUCAGCACUUUUCCCAUUGCUUUCUAUUUGUGCUGACAUAUUAUCCUCUACUGCCACAUAUUAAGAUUGCUGUCCAUUUUGGGGUCUUUUAUUCUUUUCAUCUCAUGGAAAACAUUACUCAUAACAAACAGUAUACAUUGGUACCUCAGGUUACAUAUGCUUCAGGUUACAGACUCCGCUAACCCAGACAUAGUACCUCGGUUCAAUAACUUUGCUUCAGGAUGAGAACAGAAAUUGUGCUCUGGUGGUGUGGUGCGGUGCGGCGUGGCGCGGCGGCAGCGGGAGGCCCCAUUAGCUAAAGUGGUGCUUCAGGUUAAGAACAGUUUCAGGUUAAGAACGCACCUUCGGAACGAAUUAAGUACUUAACCCGAGGUACCACUGUAUUUUAAUCAUUCUGAAUUCAUUAGUGAUAGCUCUUGUUUCUAAGAUUUGCCAGGUUCUGGUGGUCAUUUGUAUAGCUUUUCCACCAAAUCCAACUUGCCUACAGAAUCCACAUUUAAAACAAGUUUUAUUUGAAACCCCCACUAUUGAAAAUCUGUGAUGUGUAUCUUGGAGAUGUGUUUUCCUUAUGGUUCAAAAUUCUAGAUCCAACCCCCCCCCCAAAAAAAAAACUUUAGAUGGCUGUCUAAACAAAAUCACACAGACCUACAUCACCUCCAGCCAGUUAAAGGGGAGGGAAACAUGUCCCCUUCUAGAAGGAUCUCUAGCUGUUCCAUUUCUGGAGCAUUACUCUAGCAUAUGUUACAAACAGGAUCCUUAGCAGACCUUGCCAGGUCUGCUUAACAAAGAAACUACAUUUUAGUAAUCCCCCUUUUUUGCAGAUCCCAAUUUAGGGCUAUAAAACCAUAGAAUUUGAGGGGACCCCAAAACCCCAUUUAGUCUAAUCCCAAUCUUAUUACAUUGAUAAGCCUCAUUUGUUCUUCGUAACAGUAAAUCUCAAUGUAUAACAAACAAACAACUUUCCACAACAUAUGGUAGCUUGUAAUCAUUCUAAAGCACUCAAUCACUUCCCAAGUGUUAACAACUGUGUUAACUUCAGUGAAAUGAAAGUUAGUAGGUUAACCAUGAGAAGAGGAUUCUGUGGAUGUGAAAUAAGAGUAUUCUUUAUUGGCUUUAUUUAAAAAAAAGCAUUUAUAGAAAUGCUCGUACCAUAAUAUACAGUGAGUAGUUGGCGUAACCACCUUACAAUCACACUUCUCAUAAUGCAACCAAAGUUGUGAGCUGGUAACUUCCUUAUUCAGCUGCUCUGGAAUAGCUUGCCACAAUGUGGGGGUCAGUCUGUUGCAUAUUGGUGCAGGCUUUUCCCCAUUUAUGUCCACACAUUUCCCAUCCAUCUCUGCACUGGAUAUUGGAAUGUUUGUGACAUGCUCCCUCAGCUCUCUGAGUGCUGUUAUCUAAAACUUCUAAUGCAAGUGUUAUUUAGACAUCAUUGUCAAGUGUACAUUCAGUCCUGGGUCCAUUAAUUCUCUACAUUUGCUCCUGCUGAUGGUAGGAUCCUUUGCCCUGAUGUUUCGUUUCUUUCUUUCUUUUUUUAGGAAAUCUAUUUAUUAUAUUUUUCUCGGGUUUUGAAAUAAACAAAGUCAGUUCAUCAGAUGUUUCGUUUCUUUCUAAUGCCACCCGGGGGCUGGGGAGGAAGUCCCAUUGUGCAAGCAGAUCUCAUUCCACUCAUGCAUACCCCACUUAAGAGUACGUUGAAUUUCCACCCCGUAUUUCUAACUCUCGAAUAGGGCAAUUGCAAGAUCAUCAUGCAUUAAGGCCAAUUUUUCAUCACUGCUAUCUUUUUAAAUAGCAGUAUCUUUAAGGUCAGGGGUUGGGAACCUGCGGUUCUUCAGAUGCUGCUGGACUCCAGCUCCCAUCAGUCCUAGCCAGCAUGAACAAGGGACUAAGAUGAUGGGAGUUGUAGUCCAAAAACACCUGAAGGGUUGCAAAUACCCCACCUGUUUUUUAACAGAAUAGACAGUUUCACCCCUAGACCCACCAAAAGGGUCUUCAGGCUGUUUCCUCUUGCUACACACCCACAUUCUCUUUCCACCUGAAACUGUGCCUUGCUACCAUUAGAAUGUAAAAUUCAAGAGUUUGUAAUCCAAAUGCUUUUUUGGGGAAUGUGUUAGUGUGCGUUGGGGAACAGAAAAGGUGUACUGAAAGAUUCAAAGUCCUGCUCUUGGAAAUAUUGCAGAUUUAAGUUGCAGAGCAUCAAAAGAAUAAUUAUGAUGUGGCUCUUUAAAGAGCAUUUGUAUAUCUUUUUGUAUAUUCCUCGUCAUAACCAGAGAUAGAGUAAUCCUGGGGAAUAAUAGCAUCUGGUCUGCAAUACAAUAGAGGAGGGGGCUGUGAGCAACUUUCUAAGCAGCGCACUAAUUCUAGGACCAAAGGCUUUCCCCACUGGACCCUAAUUCUUUAGAACCUGAUGGGCCUCUGGGGAGUCCUCCAUUGACAUGUAAAUUGGCCUGCCCUAUUAUUGCCAGUGGUAGGCACACUGCUGUUUAUCCCAGCUGUCCCUGUGUUGGGUGUCUGUUUGUUGCUUGGUCUUCAACGCCUAAAUAUGUUUUGCAAACACAUGGCUGAGAGGAUCCACUGUUUCCCAGAGCGUGGCAACAUGUCUCAUGUGAGUUAGGAGGCUUUUUUAUUCAUGUGUUUGUAAUAAAUAUUUGGUACAGAUCUAGGUACAGGCAGCCAGAAAGCAAUACAACGUUUGCAUUUAAAUAUUUGGAAUAUUUUGCUAUCUAAGCUCCAGGAAGAGCUGUUAAAAGCCUUGAGGGGUAAUUGAAGGUUCUUUCCUCUUUAAACAAUGGGCCCUAUUAUCUUUUCCAGUGAGAGAGCCUGUGUAGACUUACACAGUGUUGGUAAACUAACAAAAGAUCCUAGUCUUGUCUCUGUUGCUGCUUUGGUUUAAAUUAAAACCCAUUAAGUUAUUGUGGUUUAGCAGAAGGUGUUACUUUGUGUUUCAGCAAUUACGUUAGGUGACUGCAAAUUUGUUUUAUAAUACCAACUCAUCUUUUUAAAAAGUUGACUAUCGUUAUUAUCCUAGCAUAUAAUUAUUUAUAAUAUUUGCUUUUUACAAGGUCUGCAACGCUGACUAGAGAAUGUGAAAGUAGAUACAUUUCUGUAGGGGCCAAGCAAGUUGAAAUGGUUUUUAAAACCUAUGAUAUUUAUUGAGGCAUAUUGAUAAGCAGUUAAAAUGUUUUAAGAAAAAUAUCUUAAUUUUUGAAGCCAUGUGUGAAAACUUAUAUGCUUCUGGCUUCCUUAUUGGCAGAAUGUGGAGGACCAGCCGUUACCCUUAGGGUGUUGAGAAAGCAAGGAAGAGACUAAUUGAAAUGUAACAGAUUUAUUAUGUGCAAAACACACAUACUGUACUAAUCUAUUGAGAAGCAGGUCUUUAAACAUGUAUGCAACCUGUGGAUUUAAACUAAUGCCUAUGAAAAGCAGAUUAGUUAAAAUAUGGGAGUACAAGGUCAGACAUCAGUAAAGUCUAUUUUUUAAUGAUACAAGAACUAAUACGUUGUGUAUAUAAAAAUAUUUUAUUAUACCAUUUUCUGGUUAAUGAAACAUCUAUCUUCAAUUCCUUAGAACUAAGGCUGAGAUUCUAAGAAUCACUUUGCUCCCCUCAAAGGCUUAAAAAAACCCCUCCAAACAAAAUUGAAACAAGAAUCCAAAGUGGACCAGCUUUGUCACUUAUUUUGUACCAAUAUUAUAAGAAGCAGUAAGAAAACCUAAAAUGCUUAUUUUUUCCGGUUUUGCUGCCUUGAAGAAGCAUUCAAAAAGAGACAACUUUCAAGUUAAUCAUUUUGAUUUAAUUGAAUACUGCAACAGAGAUAAUAAUAGUUAAAAUGUGAAAAGAUACUUUCCUCUGAGCUUUGAAACAUGGUGGAAAGUUAAUGAGGCAGAAGACUCCAGACAGAGUGCUCCAGAUGGUCAAGGCAGUAGAGAGAAAGAAGGCUAGUCUGUGAUAGACUGAAAGGGAAGGAGUAUCUGAGCAAAGAGGCAUUUUUUUAAUGAGACAGCCUGGAGCAAAUCCGCAGAAGAUUAAAAAUCAAGACGAUAAAUACUGAGCUCAGUCUGGAAACUGAGCCAGUGGAUCUGCUAAUUGAGGAGGUGAAUGUUGGUGCACUGGGUAAAAAAAGAAACAAUGCAAGAUACCUUGCAGGAUUCUUAUAGCCCAUUUUUAAUGGCUCAAUGCUUAUUCACAUGUUAUGCUUCUGUUAACAGGUAGGUACCAAUCGCCUGGAAGUACCUUAGAGGCAGUUCACGUUCUGCUUUUUAAACCCGGUACAAAGGUACAGUUUCUGAAUGGCAAAGCACAUGCAUGGUAGCAUCUGCUGUGAGUGAUGGUACACGUGCUUUUAAAUGUUGGGGUUUUCCCUGUAAUAAACAUGGAAGAAAGACAAGGAAGGUUUGGGAGUGCAAACGGUGGUAUCUUCUGUGACGCCUCAGCAGCAGGGAUGAUGGGUUCCAAAGCCAGCCCUGCUCCCCCCUCUGAAUUUCUGCAAUUUCUCCAGUCAAAUAAUCCAUACAUAUUCAUAAUCUAAUGUUUAUAAUAACUAUAGCAGGGCAACCUUAAUAGCUAAAAACAUGCUUUAUUUUUUCAUGAAACCCAAGUUUUUCAGGAAGCUGAAUUCUGCUCCCAGUGCUUUAUCUUUGCAUGUGUGGAGUUGUGGCAUAUGCACAACUAGUUCUGAGCAUAUGAGAAAAUUAUGUGUGGCAUAUGUAUGCAUUUCCUGUGCUUUCAACAGGAAAACAUUCAUGUUUGUAUUUUCAAAAAAAUAAAUGUCCUGGAUAUUCAGAUUAUCUUCCCGAUUUUACUAGAUGUCAGCUCCCCCUCUUUGGGGGGCUGCUUUGCAGGCGGUAUCUGGGUCUUGCAGUGACCCAGCAGUGGGGGAGUGACGCAGCCCCGCAUCACUGGGAUGCCCAGUCGCGUCACGCCCCCCCGGCUGACCAAUUGGGUUAGCCAGGGGGCGUGGCUACAUCCGUUGAAAUAGCGGCGCAGCUGGAGAACAGUCUCCUUUGCCUCCUUUCGUCGGAUCUCCCAGGCUACCCACCCUCUUUUCUUGCAUUGAUUGAUUAUGGUCUUGCUAUGACUAAUGUCGGUCGCCUGGUUGUUGGGGCCGGGUAGGAAUUUUUCUACUUGGCAAAUUGGCACCAGCCAUUUGGUUUUCACCUACCUAGUAGCAAUCGCCACAGCUUUGUAAGGUUAGGCAUUGCGUAAGCUUUAUUAUGGGAGGGGAGGUUGUAGCCUCUGCCUGCCCCUCCUCAUUAAGGGUAUCCCAUUAAAGGGAUCCGGGGGUGUGGUUCCUGUCUGAAGCCUGGGCGUGGGCUAGGGCCAUGCCAGGGCCCCAUUGGUGACCCUGGGGGAGCUCUUAAUUGGUGUAUAUCAUAGAGCUCCCCCUUCUGGUGGUUGACCCUUAUGAGACUUCCUGCAGACAGGCAGGAGUCAGGAUAUAUAGUCUUGCUUCACCCAAUUGCCCACAUCUGUAACCAAUAAAGUUGUGGUCUAAUUCAUCCCAUUAACUCAAUAUACUUGUGUUUGUGUGUAUUUUUCGGAGGGAACAGUGGGGCCCGGGGCCUCUCCACGCAAUUAAUUCCAGUGGUUUUCUUUUCAGAGUUCUUUUAAGUGUUUAUUGUGAUUGAUUGACAACACUAAUACUGGGAGAUUAAGUACAGUUGGCUGCAGUUUGACGCAGUUUUUUCCCCUAUGAAAGAGGACUGUAUAAAUGGAGUGGAAGCUUCAGGGGUUGGGGUAUGCAAGUUGAAAUGCAUAUAGUUUUAUUUAAUCUCUUUAAUGGGUUGUUUCAUUGACUUGCAUAGUUGUUGUUGUUUUUAAAAAACCUUAGCCCUGGUAAACAAAUAUUAAGACAAGAGUUCCAUUAUUUCUCAACUUUUAUUUUAAUUUCACUCCAAUUAUGUUGUGAUAGACAGACAUAACUGAUCAGUCUCUGCACAAACUGGUUUACUGUCAGGAUGAUAAAACUUCAUGUCAGAAACAUGGGUAGGAUUGCAGGGCCAUCUUAGCCUGGAGAUGGUGCUUGUGGUUUUAAAAGUGAAAAGGCACUUAGUGAGGGUGAAGCUGUUGUUCCAUUGCUUUCUUCACUCACUCUUCUUCCCUGACUUCUAUCAGGCAAAAAACUAGUUUGCUAUAUCCUGCAGGUAGGAGAGGAUGGGGGAUCAAGGGAACGGUAAAAUAGAAGGACAGGAAUUGCAGUGGUUGCAGUUUCUUUGAGCUUAUGUAGUUAGACAAUCACCCGUACCCAGCUAAGGAAGUAGCAUAAAUGGGCGAAUGUACCUGUAUUACUGGAUUUUGUUAUGAUCAGAUUUUCACUAAGGACGCCUGGAUUCAAACACCUGCAGAGCUGUGAAGCUCACUGAAAGACUUCAGUGACCAGUCACUGUCAAUCCAUUUAAGCCAUCCAAUGUGGUUGUUAUGAAGCCUGAGUUCCUUGGAGGAAGGUUGAGAUCACACAUUUUAAAUUAACAUAUAUGCAUUCAGAAGUUCAUCUAAGCCAACUUGCAGUGUGUUGCUUUGUAUGGGAUUUACAUUCUGAUGAGCAUUCGAAGAUCCACAUUUCAAAUAUGUUUAAAAUUGUGCCUGACUAGAACUUGACUGAGACAACUAUUUGCAGGUGAAGAACUGGCAACCCUAAACAAGCAAUACUGUAGAACUGUGGCCUGGCUCUUUGGUGGUAUGAUAACGAUAAGAAGAUGUACAUAUCAGCCACUUCUACCUCUUGGGUAGUAUUCUGCUUCUAUAAGUGCUCACUUGUCUCCCUAGAGUUUGGAUUCCACCACCAUCACCGCCACUUGGAUCAUUUUCAUCUGGUGAGCUCCCGUUGCUCUGUCCCAGCUUCUGCCAACCUAGCAGUUCGAAAGCACGCCAGUGCAAGUAGAUAAAUAGGUACCGCUGUGGCAGGAAGGUAAUCAGCAUUUCCGAGCACUCUGGCCCUUGUCAUGGUCCUCUGUGUGUCAGUAGCGGUUUAGUCAUUCUGGCCACAUGACCAGGAAAGCUGUCUGUGGACAAACGCCAGCUCCCUCAGCCUGAAAAGCAAGAUGAGUGCUGCACCCCAUACUCACUUUGACUGGAUUUAACCGUCCAGGUGUCCUUUACCUUUACCUUUUACCAUCUGAAGAUGUGCUAAGAAUGAACCUUCAUUUAAUAGAUAUUCUUUGGAAAUGUGCUUUGGCAUUCUUCUAUAUUUAGGACCAAACUGGAAUGGUGAGGGCAACCAUCCUCGUUCAUGUGCAUGCCCUUGUUGACAUAUAACAUAAGAGUUGGUAGGGGCAGUCUUAAUUUUUUCACUAAAGACGAUUUGUGGGUAAGGGGAACUGAAGCGUCCUUUCCACGGUUUGUCACUACAGGCGCUUCUCUCAAAACUGAGGAAAACAAAUAUGGCUGCACUUGUAGUUUGUCCCUCAGUAUGUAUUGAAUUCUGACACCUUUCACAUAGUUCAUCUUUCAGAUCUCUUCCUCCCCAUGAUAUUAUGUAGGUAUUCAUAGCCUGUGAUGUGUAAGCUGCUGUGAACUGUUAGGCAAGGAUCCUUCCUUUAAUUUAAUAGACUUGUAUGUACAAUAUAGUCUUUUUGAUGGUUAAACAUGAUUAUAGAAGUGGGCCUUUUUCAUGUUCCCACAGAUACCAUAUAUGGGGGUGAUGAUCCCAAUGUCUGUUAAUGCUUGUAAAACAAAUCAGGUUGGCUUUAUUUGGAAUCAGCCUACACUGAUUGACACAGGGCCAUCAGAAUCUUCCAGUACACUUUGGAAAGAGCAGAGAGCCAUGUCUUCUACCACAUUUUAAAUGAUUACAACUUUGCGUACAAAAGAGUGACUAAAUUUAGUUCAGGUAAUUAGCCUGCUAGAAUUAUUUAAUUGCUUGGUCAGCAGCUUUUCCCUAGAGAUGCGGAUGUCCGUGUGCUCUCUCACUUUAAUUCCUAAUUGUUUCCAGAGCCUCUAGCACAAUUUACAGUAUCCAUGGCACACUCCAGGAUGUGCUCAUGCUUUGGACCCAGUCAGGAUGUAGUAUUCAUUUCUGAUUAAUCAACCGGGAAGGAAAGAGUGUGGCUCCAAAUUAAUUAUUUCCAGCAGUUCCAUGGCACCCUGAACUAACUUUCCCCAUGCCUUUGUUCAUACAGCCAGAGCUUAGUUUGUGCCAAGGCUCAUCCCCAGGAUGUGCUUUCAGCAACAGGACUUGGCCUUGUAAGCAUGUGAAGUACUAAUAAAGAGGGCUGUGUGUGCACGCGCGCCAAGUGGUUUUCCUUCUGGCCACCUCAAAGCAUGCAAUCGGUGACUCUUACUUGUAAGUAAGAAAGAGAUAUUUAUUCAGACAAGUGACAGUAAAGGCUCAGCAGCAGGCACAGAACUCCAGCGUCAUGGUUCAAGAGCAGGGAAAGGAAGUUCACAACUGGAGGGAAGUGACAAAAGAUGUCCCACAACUUUCCACAAGCCACCCACCAAGCUUUUAAAGAUGAGAUGUGGCUUGUUCAGUUACAAACCUCGCUUAUUUUGUGGGAAUGGCAGGAUUGCAAACACAUGUUCCAUCAGGGUGGGUGGGUCUGCUUCCAUCUGUGAAGGUGGCACCCGAUUCUAGGCAACAAGACUGCACCCUCCUGUACAGGCUCCAGUUCAGUCAUCACCUCCGUCACUUCUGCCUCCUCCUGGGCUAAUCAAAGCCAGUUUUCCCCCAACAGGUGCCCUUCAGUUGUUUUGGACUACAAAUCCCAUCAGCCCCAGCCAGCAUGGUCUGCGCUCUGAGAUGAUGGGAGCACUAGUCUUAAACAUUUGGCGGGUACCACGUUGAGGAAGACUGCUCCACUCAGUCAUAACAUCUUUCUCACAAGAGAGUUCUCACUGAAUCAGCAUCUUUCAGCCAUUUUGAAAAUUCCUACUUUGACUUCUGAAAUAUGUCCCUUUCCGCAUCUUUAACUGGUGACUGCUUUCGAUAUAAGCAAAAUCACCAAAUAUGAUUUUAUAAUGUGGAUAGAGAAAUGACUACAUUCUGCCAUUUCAGUGCUUAUAUGGAUAUUGGAAAUAGGUUAAGGCCUUUCUUCAUCUAUAUAUAAUUGUUCAAGGAAGCCAGAUGGCUAAGGAUUAAUUUAUAAUAUACUUUUGACUUUUUUUAAGGAAGGAAGGAGGGGUAAUUGUUUCUCCCGGGGAUUUAAAAGACAUUUCAUUUAUAGUCUGAUCAUUAACCAUUUGAAAAGUGAAACAUGAACAGCAGUCCACCAACUGUUUUCUCUCAAGCAAACUGCAGCUCUGUUUAUAUAUAUGGGAUUGCUCAAUAAUUAUACCACACAAGUAAUUUGUGACUGUUCUCCAUCAUGUCAUUUCAUAGCUCCAUAGAUUCAGGACUCAGGAGAUACCGUGCUGUUGUUGUUUACUGUUGUUAACUUAAUGUAUAAGCUGAUACAAGAUGUUGUUUUCUUCACUGGUCUGCAGCGUUAAGCUUUCCAGAUUGCCUAUUACAUAGAUUAAUUUAAGUCUGCCAGUGGAUGUUAAGUACGGUCUUUGUUUCCCCCGGGUGCUAGUUUGCUUGGGGUAAAAAAAAAAAAUAGGGACUAGAAAUAGAAUAUUGAUAUAUGAUGGUAUCUGUAAGCAAAUGGAACCUCUAUGUCAGGGGUCAGCAACCUUUUUCAGCCAUGGGCUGGUCCACCGUCCCUCAGAUCAUGUGGUGGGCCAGACUAUAUUUUUUGGGGGGAAAUGAACGAAUUCCUAUGCCCCACAAAUAACCCCAAGAUGCAUUUUAAAUAAAAGGACACAUUCUACUCAUGUAAAAACACCAGGCAGGCCCCACAAAUAACCCAGAGAUGCAUUUUAAAUAAAAGGACACAUUCUACUCAUGUAAAAACAUGCUGAUUCCCAGACCGUCCGCGGGCCUGAUUGAGAAGGCAAUUGGGCCACAUCCGGCCCCUGGGCCUUAGGUUGCCUACCCCUGCUCUAUGUUAAGAGGCACUAUGCAUUAAAAAAGUGAUGCUGGAGACAGACACGUAGGAGAGCUGCUGCUUUCGUGCCCUAAUUGGAAGCUUCCCAGAGGUACCUGGCUGGUCAUUGUCAGAAGGAGAAGAUUUGAUUAGAUCAGGAAUAGGAACCUGUGGCCUUCCAGAUGUUAUUAGACUCCUGUCAGUCCCAGCCAGCAUGACCAAUAGUCAGGGAUUAUGAGAGCUGCAAUCCAAUAAUACCUGGAGGGCCACAGGUUCACCAUCUCUGCACUAGAUUGACUUUGGCUCUGCUUUGUUCUAGAAAGGCUUUUCUUACAUUCCUAUCUACAGUGUUCCUGUAACAGCCCACUUCAGACUAGGACAUCCCUUACCCUUAUCUUACUUUAAUGCUGAGUGCUUCUGAUCACAUGGACAGUUUUCUUGCCAGCAAUGGAUAUUCCUGGAGGUGAUGAAUCAAGUGGUAUGGUAUCUCUCCCCUGCAUUCUAGAGAAUUCUCUGGAUACUAUGCAGGUGAAAUAAAGUUAGAAUUGGUCCUAAAACAAACUGUUUUGGAAUUUUGAGAUUAACAUCCGCAUCAUACAUUCAGAAUAUUUUUAUACCACUUCAACAAUCACUGCUCCCGCCAAAGAAUCCUGGGAAAUAUAGUUUGUUAAGGGUGCUGAACUCACAGACUUUGAAUUCUCAGCACCCUUCAACACACUAUUGUUCCCAGAUUCAUCCAUGGCAGUUAAAGUGGCACAAGAGCGCUUUAAAGGCAUGGUGUGAAUAUGUCCCAACAGAAUUGGAACUGUAAGAAAUUGAGAGAGAUUAAGAUGCAGUUCAGGGGUAUCUUACCCAGCUUCUGCCAAGAUUUAUUUGUUGUCUGAGGGUUUAACCAAAUGUGAGAUGGAAACUGAAUUUAUUGAUAAAACCAAAGGAAACCUUUAGCAAGACCAACAGCAGUUGCGACUGCAUAAUUAGAGUUUGGCUGCAGUCCUGAAUCUUUUGAAGCUGUUGAUCCAUAGCUGUCAACUUUCCCCUUUUCUUGCGAGGAAUCCUAUUCUGAAUAAGGGAAUUUCCCUUUAAAAAAGGGAAACAUUGGCAGCUAUAUGUUGAUCCCAUUCAGUAGAUUUAAGCAGUCUGUGUGUAGGAUUGCCACCACCUGUCUGUCCUUGCGCUGACUGUGCUUUCCAUUUUUAACACUAUCUUUAACUGCUUUGCCUGUGGGCAGUUCAUUUCCUGCCACAACCUGACCUGUUAAGUUCUGCACAAAGGGCUCACUGACGUUUGGUCAGUGUCUCUCGCAUGAUAAAUCCUAUUUGCUUGGCUGUGAGCAUAUGUAUUCAUUUGUACUUGGCAUCUGGUUGUUUUUGCCACUUUAAUUUUUGCAGCAGAUGUUAAUACAGGGCUAUUGUUAUUGAAUGUACGCAAGGUUUGCUGAUGCACUCUAUUCUUUUUCCGGCAAAUCCUCCUGCUCAGCUUCUCCCAGCACCUUUUUUUGCAGGUGGCAGGAGAGAGAUACUUCCUGCUCUCAAACUUUUUAUUCAAAACAUCCGGUGCAUCCAGCAACCCCAAGAAGAAGUUUUUGAAUAAAGGUUAGAAAAAAAGGGAAGAAUCUUAUUUCUUUCGGGCUGCGUUGGGAUCACCAUUAACAAUCUUUGUUUUAUAAGCCCCAGAAAGCUCUGAGGCACAUUGGCAGGAUGUGGUAGUUUUUGCCCACUGUGAGUGAGCACUGAAGAGAGAUUUGACAGCAGGACUGAGGGACCAAUUCUCAUUUUACUCCUCUCCUCCCAAAACUGUUUACACCCAAGUUUGUCUUCAUAUAAUAACUGCUAUAAAAUGUUUCACAACUUGUGGCUAGACCUAGUUUCUUCUCACCUUCCUAUCUCUUUUUUAAUGGUUUUGCAGUGUCUUUUAGGUAGUAAGCCUAUGAAUAGGGACUUCCUUAUUUUUGAUCUGUGUACAGUGCUUAGUAAAUGUUAGAAUCAUAGAAUUGUAGGCUAAUCCAACCCCUUGCAAUGCAGGAAUCUGCAAUGCAUCUAACCUCUGCUUAAAAACCACCAAUGAGGGAGACUCCACAACCUCCUGAGGGAGGCCAUUCCAAUGCUGAACAGCCCUUACGGUCAGAAAGAUCUUGCUGAUGGUUCAUGGGAAACUCCUUUCUUGUAACUUGAAGCCAUUGGUUAAGUCCUACUCUGCAGAGCAGGAGAAAACAUCCCUUCAGAUAUUUGAAGAUGGCCAUCAUAUCUCCUCUCAGUCUCCCCCUUUCCAGGCUAAACAUACCCAGCUCCUUCAACUGUUCCUCAUAAGGCAUGGCUUUAUAAAUUAUUAUUGUGAUUAGGAUGAUGAUAAUCCAUGCCCUAGUUUAAUCAUUCAAAGAUGGUUAUUUCCUUCUGUUAUAAAAAAAAUAAAAAUACCUCCUAUGGCAUGGACAGCUAAAGCAGAAUGCUCUGUUUAUAUAUCAGGCAGAUUUGAGGCUUAAUUGCUCUUUGUGGGAUUAACUUUUUUUCUUUUAUUGGAAACUUUAUUUAAAGAUUCUUAAUGUCCUAACCUCAUAAGCACCUAAGCUUUAAUUUUGCACAUGAGAAGAAAAUUCUGACCCUAAUAAAGCAGAGUACAGAAACCACUCAAUAUCUCCUUAUCUUUGAACUACCAGAGCUUGUUUGAACAUUUCCCUUAAAUCUUCAAAAGGAGCUUAUAUCAAAAGGGACUUAUUUGAAUAGCUAAGGUCCUCCUAGCCAAAUGCCAUGGGUUUCAUGCCUUUAUUCUUCUCUCUUUUCCCCUUCUUUUUCACGUGUCUGUUUUUCUCAUUCAUACUUAAAACACUUCAAGAAGUUAAUAACUGUACAGUGUGUGAUAGAACAUUUAAUUUUAAACACAUGGUAGUCUUGAACUUGUUCAUCCCAAAUCCAUAUUUCAUUCAAGUAAAGAUCCUUAUGCAAUCAAUUAACAAGCUUAGGUGUAUCUCAUAAACUCAUAGAAUUGUAAAGUUGGAAGGGACCCUGAUGUUCAUCAGGCCCACCCCACUGCAAUGCAGGAAUCUCAACAUGCAGUUGGACAUCCAAUUUGAAAGCAUACCAGAUCCUGCUUAGCUUUGCAACUGUGAAAUUAUGGUUAAAUAAUGGAGGUUUCACAGUGCUUGCCUCUUCCAGCUGCUUAUUAGUUGUCCAGUAAAGGUACAAACAUACCAACACCUUGUCUGGUUUUUUUAAACAGACAAAAAAACUUUUAUUAUAAGAAAUAAACAAUAUUCCAAAAUAGCACAAACACACCUAAAUAGUAUUGCCAUACAUAACAGUGCAUGAUGAUAUCAAAACCCAGGUGCAGGUAUUAUAUUUUUGUAUUUCUCUGACAUUUAGAUAAUUUUGGGGGCUAUCCUUAAAAGUAGCAUCUUACCAACACAGGACUCGUAUCUUUUUAAAUGUAUGUAUAAUGCACGGUCCCAAAUCAGAUUUCAUUAUUUCUAAGUUGGGUUGAAUUCUAGCCUUGUUGCACUAAAGUUUACUGAGUAAGCUGGUUUACCUUUGUCUGUAAUGUGCAAAUUGAAAAUGGAACACGAUUUAAAUACACAAACAUACAAUCAAUUUUAAUAAUUUUAGACUACAAUUGUAUAUGUAUAUACCUUGGAGUCAGCCUGAUUUUAUAUAGUCUUGAGUAAACAUGUAGACUUCCACUGUUAGUUUAUUUGAAUAUUGCAUACUUCUAUUUCAAAAGUGGGUAAUCUUUACUGUGGACCAGGAAUGCAUGCCAGUAAGUUGCUGUUCUUUAUAUUUUAAGAAAGCUGGGAAACAGUGCUAACUGGGUGCAUUUAGUAAGCCAACGGAAUUGAUUCAUAAUUUGUUCAAACCAUGGUGUGAUUGCAGUUAAAAUGCUAUCUCUGUCUUAAAAAAACAACCCUUCCAUGUUGUAUUUUUGGAAGAGAGACCACAGCAUCAUGAAUGCACAUUUGCUUUCUGUUGUUACCAUUUGUUAAUUGUAUUUGCGCAAUUACUAAUCUAGGUACUGUUUAUACAUUAAUGCCACUUAAAACUUUGCAGUGGAGAUUACGCAGUGUGGCGCAAAGGUCUUCAGAAAAAAAAUAUUGUGUGAGGAUGGGUACAUAUCAGAUAUCAUUGUAUUUGAAAAGCCUAGUAGGCCUGCAGGCCAUGUCAAUGGUGCACAUUGUUAUUGGCAAAAGGCAUGAAUCACAGAUCUCCACAGCAAAGGCAGAAACGGUGAACUUGCUUGGGUUGACAAAGACAAGUUUCUUCAGCUUGUAUUGACCCUUUCUUUCCCUGGGGAAAAAAAACAAACCAAUCUCUGCACCCCCCUCUUAUGCUAAGUAGUCUGCCAGUAGGGUUGGCAGGAAUCCAGUGCCAAUGUCUGACUGGUGUCAAGCACCUGCUUCAGUUCGUUUCCUCAUUUGCGUAGAAGCGGGGAAAUCACCCUAAUAAGCAGAGAUGCAUAUAUUAAGAAACGAGAACACAGAAAGACAGGAAGGGUCAGAACAAAAAAUAAACUGUCAGAGAACCCUGGGCCUUCGGGGGUUUGUUAGGCCCUAUCCUGUCUGUGUCUGCCCUAAAAUCCUAUUCAUGAGCAGCCAUCCAUUCAAAAUGUGGAUAUGAAACUAGAAAUUGAGAACUCCAUCCACCAGAAACAGAGGGUGAUUCAGGAAUAUGGCUUUGCUUCAGCUGCCAUGAAAAUAGAGGUUAUAUUGUGCAGGCACUUUUCAUCCUUGCCCUGAAAGGGGUCAACUGCAACCUUCCCAGGAAAAAAAACAACCAACCUGGAAUUUACCCCACAAGAAAGACACUGACUUUAUCCAUUCAACAUAGUAAGCCAAACUAUUACUGGUACCAUGCAAAUGUGCAGGCUCCCAGAAAGGAGCUUGCUUUUUCUCUGGUCCUUUGGGCUGCUGCACCACCCUUGAACUAAGCCAAGGUUUGGCUUAGUGUAUAAUCCAAGCACUGGCCCAUGGCUAAGCUCUCUCUCUGCUAACUUAUGAGCUACAGUGAAGAACAAACCAUAGCUAUAGCUCAUGGUUAGAGAGGAGAAAGCACGAGCCCAGUUUGGAUGGCAUUCUAAUCCAAACCUUAUCAUGGUGUUGUAGUCUGUGAAUUAUUUAUUUCAUAAAAUCUGUUUACUGCUUGAUUGAUUAUGAAUUGGUGUUUAAUAAGUUUGAGUUGAGGAGGAGAUGGGAGGAGGGAGAGAAAAGUGGCAGAAAGAAAUACAUGCUGAAAAUGUGACUGGAAUAAGCACUAUCUCUUUAAGCAUUACAGUCAUACCUCAUGUUAUGUUUGCUUCAGGUUGAGCGUUUUCAGGUUGCGUCCCGUGGUGAACCAGAAGUACGGGGAAGGGUUACUUCUAGGUCUCACCGCUCACACAUGCGCAGAUGCACAAAAUGACAUCACGUGCAUGUGCAGAAGCGGCGAAUCGUGACCCGUGCAUGCACAGAUGUGGGUUGCGUUCUGCUCAUGUUGCGAAUGGGCCUCUGGAACGGAUCCCGUUCGCAACCAGAGAUACCACUGUAUUUGAGUCCUUUCCUUUUGGACAAAGGAGCAAAUAUAAAACAAGGCAUGAGAGUAAAAAGACCUAGAAGCUCCUCUGUGGGAAACCCACACGUUUGUAUGGUCCUAGCAAGUCAUAAUUUGGGUUGUUGGGUUGUUGUGCGAACAAGUAGUCUGUGUUUUGUGGCAGCUACAACCCUCCCUGAACUGUGAACCAGCUACAGGAUAAAAAGGAGAAUCAUUCUCAUGCAAAAGAAGAAGUGCCAUUAGCAGAAAGACUGUUGGCUUGUGUUGGGAAAGCAAACAGAUGCAAAACCAUACUUUGAAAUUUCCUUUUCCAUAAAUGAAUCAUGGCAUUAUGUUUCUAAGAGUUCUGCCCAGGAAUGCAAAUUGAUUACUAGAGACACUCUGCUCUCCUGUUCCUUUUUCUAACCCUGCUGGAAUUCAUUCUCUUAUGUGCUGCUGGAAGGAACAGAGCCCAUGUCCUCUUUUCCUUUGGGUCACCCUAGCAAGGAAAGUCCAUCAGUUACGCGGAUGCUGUAGCAGAUGGUGUCACGUCCUGUGGUCUGAAAAAAGUACCCCCACCCUCUGUUCCUGCUUCUGUCUUUGACAUGUGUGAUCCUUUGGAUCCUAGUCUAUAAAGUGUAGUUUUCCUUUGUGUAUAAUAAAGAUGUGCUUUUUAAAAAUCUGUUUUGAAAAUAAUGAAUUAUUUAACAACUGCUGGAGAUUAAAUGAACUAUUUGAGUGUGUUGUGUUUCUAUUUUUAAAAAGCAGAAUUCAAUUACUCCACUGGUCAGCUGAUCUUGUAUAGCGCGUCAUGACGUUCUGUUAGAAACAGAGUGUCCUGUUUCAAAUGAAACCCUUUCCAGGCUGGCUGGGAAAUUGAAAAAUUAGGCCACAAAUAGAAAGUUAUAAAAUGUAUUUAUGAUUUUCUUGGCAGCACUGCUUGCCUUAGACCAUAAUGAUUGAUUUUCGCAUAACGUUAAGAACAAAAUUCAUUAAAAGCACAACUAAGACCGUGUCCUUAAUGUUCUCAGUUUUUGUAUAUAUUGACCUUGCAUAAUUUUCGUGAGUGAAGUGGCAUUUAUCAGCUGUACUGUUUACUGUAAAAUAGGUGCGGGGGACAUUUUUUCAGCUGGAGGAUUCCAUUUCCUCAUGGGCAACCUUCAGGGGUAGGUGGGGCGACACCAGUGGUGGGUAGGGUCUAAGGCAAAAACUGAGUGGAACCAGAGGCAAAAGUGUGCAGAGCAAUGGAUUUCAAUCUUUUGUACAUUCUAGCCAUGUAAAAGUUGGGAGUUUCUGCACACACCCACAACUGCUCAUCCUCUGUUCAGGCAAAGAAAGAGUGCAAGGACAGAUUCCAGCCAGAUAAAAGCACCCAGGAAGGGUAUGGGACAUGGGCAUUGUGGGGUGUGGCCUGGGGCCCAGGAACUGGCUAGAGGGCUGUAUUUGACCCUCAAGCCUGAGGCUGCCCUUGAUAUAAGAGGCACACAUCACCUUGGUCCUGAAAGACCUCCAUCCUAGCCCUUCUUUAUUAGGUUCAUCCUGCCCGGUUCUCCCUGCAGCAGUCCAGGAAUUGUGAAGGAACAGAAUCCCAUGAUUAAUCUACUCCAUCUUUAACAUGCUAGAGCAGGCCCGACAUAUUAAACAUAAUAUAAAGUGCAUAUUCAGCAUUUCUUCCGAUUUCUGCAACUGAUAUUGCACAUCAUAGUUAACCAAAACUGCUUUCCUGUUUCCCAUGCUGGCACAUUUUCAUGGUUAACAUUCAUGAAGUGUGAAUAUUGCCAACCAAUAUUUGGCAUUCCUAGUUCGUUCCUCCAAUCCUAUAAAGGCUGUUGUAACUCAGCCAAGCUUAUGUACCCCCACAUGUUUUCCCGCCUUGUUCAGAUAUUAACCCAACGUCAGCCUUCAAUAUGUCCACCAAUCCUAUGGGUUUUCCCAUUAGGAUUUCAUUCACUCCACCCAUUUUUUUUGCUGCUGUCCUUUACCUGACACUCCAUUACUUUCAUUUGUGUUCUUGCUACUACCUGAACUUAUGUCGAGUUUUCAGUAAAGAACAUGGUUGGCUCCAGAUAUGUUGGCAAGAUUGGACAUUGGCUGGGAACAUGAGCCUUGGCAUCCAUGCUUUCUACAGAACGUACAAACAGGUCAGAAGCAGCAAAAGAGGCCAAUGUCAAUUUCACAAGUAUCCUUUCUGUCUACUUUUAAAUAUAAAAUCAAAAUCAGGGAAAUCCAGGGGGUAUCUUACUGAAAAGCAAAAGCAACACGCAGAACGAAAAUGGCCUAGUAUGGGGGUCACUUUUUUGUAUGGGCAAUGGCAGCAGGGAGAAAGGCACAAUCCAAGGGCAAACGAGAGCUGAAAAGAAGUGUCACGGCUGGGAGAUCUGUGGCGUGAUCUCCCAGAGUCUUUUUUUAAUAAUCAAAAGCAGCUACAUGGUCCUCCCAAUUGGAUUGGGGCCAGUCUUUUUCUGGGAUGGGAGGUUUUAGUUGACUAUUCACAGCAAUUUCAUGACUUUAAACUUAAUGAAUUGCUAUUAUUCGGGGGGUGGGGGGGGGAGAGAAGACUGAUGCAAUGUGGGUCUUGGGUACCAUUGCCCUGCCCACUCUCUGCAGCUAAUAUAAACUGUGGGAAAGAGUUUAACCUUUCCUUCCCCAGAGUGCAUUCUGGAAGACAAAGAAAAGUACAUUGUGAGAUCUUGUUGCAGAUUUCUUUGCAUUGUUGUAGCUUGGUCCAGUUUGGCCAGCAUGCAGAGUAACAACAUGAUACAAGUGUGGGUGCACAAGGUUUAACUAUCCCUCUCCAUACAUUUUUGUAGCUUGUUUUGUUUUAGAAGGGGCGUUCACGAUUCCUCAAUGCAGCAGAGCUUUCCCCAAUUCCCAUGUGUGUUCAGUCUAGUUGGCACAUACAAUCUCUCCUUAAAUAAAGUUCAACUUGGAACUGACUUGUGGCAUACAUUCAGUGUUGAAAAGGACUAAAACCUGGACAUUUCUAACCUUAUCUCAAAGCCACCCAUCCUUGUUGCUUUGAGAUGCCUUUUUCCCUCCUGUUAACUGUCGAUGCAGCAGUGAAUGAGUCAUUGAGGGAUAUUCUUGGAUUCCAUUAUCUGGAAGCUGAUUACAUCAUUGCCUCAUUGCUGUGGGUCUGAAAUACUAAUUCUUUUUGUCAGUCAAACUAUCGUUUUUGCUUUCUCUCAUAUCUUCUCAUAAGCAGCAUUAGGAAGAGUGAUUUUCACUGCUAAAUCUCUGUCCUGCUAGCUGGCAGAUUCUCUUUUCUGCAGGGUGGGGUGAGGAUGGGCUUUCUUCCUUUUUUUGCCACAGGUUUUAGCUUAUUUCAAGAGCACUUGUGCCAUUAAGGAACUUGGAAUUUGAACACACACACAGUGUUAAGAUCUUCUCAUGUCAUUUCAUAUUGAUAAAGGUGGGAGUAUUGAAUAUAAUAAUAAUAAUAAUAAUAAUAUAAUAAUAAUAAUAAUAAAUAAAUAAAUAAAUAAAUAAAGGUUGUUGGGUUUUUGUUGUUGCUGUUACUGAUAUUAAUUUUGUGUUACAUUAUUUUUGGAUCUUAUGAUUAAUGCUAAAACUUCAAUUUGAUCGUGAUCUUUUUUGAUGUGUUCUAUUUAUUGUUUAAGACUACUUUUGUAAUUAUGUAAAUAUUUUCAUGUUGUAAGCCCCCUUGAGCCUGGUUUUACUAUAGAAAGGCAGCAGACAAUGAUAAUGGUGAUGAUGAAAGGCCGUAGAUGGAAUUAACAGCUGAAAGCUGAAGGCCUGGUUGAAGAGGAGUGUUUUUGUAUGGUGCCUGAAGAUAAGGAAGGAAGAUGUCAGGCGAGCCUCCCUGGGGAGAGCAUUCCACAAAUAGGGAGCCACCACAGAAAAUACCUGUUCUCGUGUUGCCACCUUCCAGACAUCUCAUGAUUGCAUGAUUGCAAAUAAGAUGAUUGCAGGGUCCUGGCUGGUUCAUACUGGAAGAGGCGGUCCUAGAGGUAUUGUAGUCCUGAGUCACAUAAGGCUUUAUAGGUCAAACCUGAAUUGGGGCUGAAAACCAAUUGGCAGCAAAGCUUUUAUUAUUGCUUUACUGCAGCACUAAGCACCUGUUCCCAUUUGAGACUAAAUUAGCAUCAACGGAUGUUAACCAGAGGUUUCAGCAUGACUCUUGAGAGGCAUUAUGAUGGCCUCCCUGCUAAAGCAAUGACUACUAGCUAGAUGAUUUGGAAACUCAGACGUAGGACAAGGGUAAAGACUUCCUGGUCAAGAGUGAGUGGUUUAUCCUUUUUGAUCCACACACUUAUUUGUAUUUAUUUGAAAGAUUAAAGUUUGUUUCUUACCAAUCUAUAGGUUAGACAAGAAGCUGAGGACACCUCCCACGCCACCCCAAAUCCUGGGAACUAGUUUAGCCCCUACAGAGCUGCAAUUCCUAGCACCCUUCAUGAUCAACAGUUCUUGGGAUGGAUGUGCUUUAAAUGUUCUGUAGUGUGGAUGGAGCCUGAGACCAUACAGGAUUAACUGUUUCCUUGCUGUUGUAGCAUAGUCUCUCUCUUCCCCUUUUCCUUUUAGUUUUCUUUUUUUGGGGGUGGGGUAACAGGUAUCAGAAUUCUUCUUAACUUGAGAGAGAUAGAGGCAAGUCUGUUGUUUUGUCAUAACAGAAAGGCUAGAUGCAAGUAAGGCAAGGUCCCCCUCCCCACAUUACAUCACUUGCUGUUGCAAUGGCUGUGGUGGACAGCCAUCCAAAUACUGAGAGACCUCAAACAGUUUUUAAAGAGAUGCUGUUCUGCCAAGUUAGUAUAAUCCACAAUAAGCAAGAUUGAAAGGAUGGUAAAGGAUCCAGUCGGCAAAAGAGAAGGCAGGACCUCUAAACCACUGUAUGGAAUGAAAAAGAUUCUAGUGGUGCCUCAACGAAAAUUAUUGGUGCAAUAAUCCGGGGUGAGUUGCCGAAGAAUAUAAAAUCAGGCUUUGAGAUACUAGCCAUUAGUAAAGUUGGAAUACUGAGAUAUUCUGUUAAAUAAGCUUCCACCUCUCUACAAGUCUUGGGGAGUGUUGCUAGAGAGUUUUUCAUGUGUUAAAUGUGUGAUGAAAGUUUAAUUAUAUAUGUUUACAAGGCAUAUUAUAGUAUAUAAAUGUCCCGCCUCACUUGUUCCAAGGGAUAUUUAUGAUAUUUAAGUACCAAUGGUCCCCUCUCCUGGUCCGUUGCCUCUGCCACACACUCUUCAGAGCCCUGUCAGUCCCUGACACUGCCUUAAACUGAAUCAGACCAUUGUUUCUUCUAGCUCAGUUUUGUCUGCAUUUACUGGCAGCAGUUCUCCGGGGUUUCAGGCAGGACACAGAUGCCAGGGAUUUGAACCCAGGACCUUCUGCAUGGAAAGCAGAUGUUCUACCCCUGAGCUGUGGCAUUUCUUUCAUAAAGCUUCUUUGUGUUUCCCAUGGCAAAAUGAGCAACCCCUUUUGUGAAGUGUUGUGUGGACAGAAAAGAAAAGUGUACUAAUCUCUUCAUUAUUUUAUCUGCCCUGAUAAUUAAAACAUAGUUAUAUCUGUAAAUAAAUUUAUGACAAAAAACAACAACCCACCACCACCUCCCUCUCACAUGUUUUUAGAUAUGUUGUUAUGUUUUUAGAGUGGCUGGGGAAACCCAACCAGAUGGGUGGGGUGUAAAUAAUAAAAUUCUUGUUAUUAUCACAGCAAAAUAGCCAUAAAACCUGCAUAUUAUUGGGGAUACUUUUGCUCUUUGGCUGUCGUUCCGAAAGAAUAUUCUCUGGCAGCAGAUCUUGAGAGUGCUGUGCUGAUUGAGAUCACGAACGAGUCAGUUUUACGAUAUUCUUAACAAUCACGAGGCUCCUGCUGGAAGACAUUUAGACAUAGAUAAUGGAUUGAUACCUACACACGCCGGAGGUUGUACUCUUUGAAAGUGAGUACACCAGUAAGGGAGGAGGUGCCGUGUUGCUGUCCGUUAAUGGAAAGGCUGUGGAGGGAAAGCAGGCUUACAAAUGAACAUCCUGGAGCGACAAGAGAAGGCAGGAUGGUUUCCGAGCAGCGCAUCCUCUCCCCUCAGGUUUCAUGCAUUCGCUGCGGUGUGGAGUUAGAAAUAUAGUGCCAUUUACGCACUGUAACUACUGAUAUUCCCGUUAAACAAAUGGACGGCAGAAGGAUGUUCCGAAAGUAUAUCUUUCUCAGAUCCUCUGUGUUGCAUGUAGGAAUCCAACCAUUCUAGCUUUUUCAGCCUUCCAGGUAUUGUUUGCCACUCCUCCUGCUGCUUUUCAAAUAAUUUUUAAAGGAGUAAUUGCUGCUGUUUUGUUUUCCAUGAUGUGACUGAGAGUAUGUUUUGUGUCUCUUCCCCGCUCCCUCCCCCUUUACACAGAUGCAGAAGAUGGCAUAGCAACGGAUCCAAUCUUCCACCAAACUGGGGUCCCUCUGUGCACUGCAGUUGGACUGAUGUGAAGCUUUUGUUUUGGACUGGAGGAGCUUGCCCACAGCUUGUCCUGAAAUCCAUUCUCUCCUAA